UUUGUUUUCAGAGCUGGAAAUGGCAGUUCCUUCAUCACAUGGUUUGAGUGAGCCAGGCUCAAGAAGGAGCACAACCCCAGAGUUUUGCACAUUAAGGAAACUCAAAGAAUAUUGGCACAAGGGUUAUGUGAGCUAAAGAAACUUAUUUUUGAAGAAAGAUUGCAAGGACUACAAAUGUACAGCAUAUUUAUGAGAGGACUAGCAGGACACUGCUCUUUAUCUGCAGCAUCUCAGCAGUCAGUGACAGUACUUUGCUGAGGUUAUUCAGCUCUCUCUGCAGAUAAGGCAGCUGUUUUUGCCGUGGAAAUCCUGUAUGGUUUGGUGCCUAAUGUGCAGCACACCAGCUGGUCUUGGUACCUCUCAGCCCUGGGCAGCAGUGUGGAAAGAAGCUGGAAGUGGAGGUGAGGAGCUGCAUAAUUUGAGGAUUUGAUGUUGGAUCUAAGAGACACUGAAAAUGCUGAGGCCUCUGCAUUGAUUUCCCUGGGCUUUCAUAAGGCUCCAAAAUUAAGGGCAUCUGAUGUCCGAGUUUGGUGCUACCAGGAACCAGGCUAAUGGCCAAGAUGUCAACCCAGGAGGGACUGUGAGUUUUUGAGCUGAGGCUCUAAUGCCCUGGCUGGUGGACAGCUCUUCAGCCUGCUGAUUUAGAGGUGGACAAAGCAUCUGGGUAGAUAUUUGGAGGAAAAAAAAAUCCAGAAAGUCACACUACAUAAUCUCCCUUGCCAUUGCUGUGAACUCGAGCCCGUGGUUCUGUGUGCAAUCUGAUGAAGCACUAGGUCAUGCCAGCUGACAAACAAACUUGUCACUCUGAAGAAUGACUUGGUGAAAAGCCACACAGGGCAGAGCUGCCAUCAGAAUAAUUGGUGAUUCACUGUUUGUUUCUCACAAAUUUCCUACGCUCUCUGCCCACGCAGUAUAGAUGACAGCAUUCUGUAUGGGGACUGUGAACAUGACAGACAUUAUUUAUGAAGCAGUGCCUUUAUCAAGGAUUUUUUUUCCCCUAGCAGACUGUGUAAAGCACUCAGUCUCUGUGUUGCUGUUGUCAAAAUUGUGUUGUAAAUAUAGCUGGACUGCCUGAGUAAAUUUUCAGAGGUGUUUUAAAAAGCUCUGUGUGAGAAGGUCAGGCAGAAGCUGCUGAGAGCUCUUUGUUCUGUUCUGAGGUGCCACAGCAGCUGUGUCCAGCACUCUUGGCUACUCCUGACAGUUGGGGCAGUUACAGUUGGUUCUGAGUUUGCACAUCCACAGGUUGAAGGAUUUUUGGGAGGAGAUCUGCACCUUCCUCACUGCUCCUUGCACUAUCUCAGCACAUCUCUGGAGUAAGAAGCAGGGAACCCAGUCACAGCUUGUCUGUGAGACUGAGCUUUUCCUUGGGCCAGGCUCUCAGCUUGCUUCAAAGUGGAGAAAGGAAAAGAUAAUUUUUCCUCUUUAAGAUUCAUGACGUCUGGCAGCAAAAGGUGUCCUGGGAGUCACAGCUGCUCCAGCUGGGCUCACUCUCGGCUGCUUAGUACACAGCUGCAGGUCAACAACAUUAUUCUUAAUUUAUUUUAUGAUACAGCAUAUCUGGAUGUGCGUCCUUAAUUCAAGCCUGGUUUGAGCAAACAUUAAAGAACACUGAAGACAGAAGAGAGCUCAGUUAAUGGGGUGAUUUCACUUGGAACAGCAUGUCAGGGCGCAGUGUUCGGCUGAAGUCAGUUCCCGUUCAAAGCCUCUCGGAGCUGGAGCGUGCUCGGCUGCAGGAAGUGGCUUUUUAUCAGUUGCAGCAGGACUGUGACCUGGGCUGUCAGAUUACUAUCCCCAAAGAUGGACAAAAGAGGAAGAAGUCAUUAAGAAAGAAACUGGACUCUUUAGGAAAGGAGAAGAACAGAGACAAAGAAUUUAUUCCCCAGGCUUUUGGAAUGCCUUUGUCUCAAGUAAUUGCUAAUGACCGGGCCUACAAGCUCAAGCAAGACUCUCAGAGAGAAGAGCAAAAAGAUGUUUCAGAUUUUGUGGCCUUUCUCUUGCCAUUCGGAGCUAAACGACAGAACAAAGAACUUUCAAGCAGUAACUCAUCUCUCAGCUCAACCUCAGAAACACCGAAUGAAUCCACUUCUCCCAACACACCUGAGCCAGCGCCACGAGCACGGAGGCGUGGCGCAAUGUCUGUGGACUCUAUUACAGAUCUUGAUGACAAUCACUCAAGACUAUUGGAGGCUCUCCAGCUCUCUUUGCCAGCAGAAGCCCAGAGCAAGAAAGAAAAGGCAAGAGAUAAGAAACUAAGCCUGAACCCUAUUUACAGGCAGGUCCCUCGGCUUGUAGAUAGUUGCUGCCAGCACUUGGAAAAGCAUGGUCUCCAGACAGUAGGAAUAUUCAGAGUUGGAAGCUCAAAAAAGAGAGUAAGACAGUUACGUGAAGAGUUUGACCGAGGUGUAGAUGUUGUAUUAGAUGAAGAGCACAGCAUUCACGAUGUUGCUGCCUUGUUAAAGGAAUUUCUGCGUGACAUGCCUGACCCACUUCUCACCAGAGAGCUUUAUACACCUUUCAUCAACACUCUCUUAUUAGAGCCAGAUGAACAGCUCAGCACCUUACAGCUUCUCAUUUAUCUUCUACCUCCUUGUAACUGCGAUACCCUUCACCGGCUGCUGCAGUUCCUCUCCACAGUAGCUGGCCAUGCAGAAGACACCAGAGACAAGGAUGGCCAAGAGAUCACUGGGAACAAAAUGACAUCACUUAACCUGGCCACCAUCUUUGGCCCUAACUUGUUGCACAAGCAGAAAUCGACAGACAAAGAAUUCUCAGUUCAGAGCUCAGCUCGAGCUGAAGAGAGUACUGCUAUCAUUGCUGUUGUGCAAAAGAUGAUUGAAAACUAUGAAACCCUUUUCAUGGUUUCCCCUGAUUUACAGAAUGAAGUGCUUAUUAGCUUAUUAGAGACUGACCCAGAUGUUGUGGACUAUUUGCUGAGGAGAAAAGCUUCCCAGUCAUCGAGCCCUGAGAUGCUGCGGUCAGAAGGUUCCUACUCCACAGGAGAAAGACAUUCUUCCACAGACUCCAACAAAGCUUCCAGUGGUGACGUCUCCCCUUAUGACAACAACUCCCCGGUGCUGUCUGAGCGCUCGCUGCUGGCAAUGCAAGAAGAAGUUGCCCGGAGCCCAGAUAAGCUGUACAAGGUACCUGAGCAGUACACGCUGGUUGGACACUUGCAAACUAAGCCAAAGGAGAAUUCUUCUGCAUCACAGGCUGCCAAAGAUGUUUCUGAAGAUCAUUUUGAUAUCUGGGGCACUUGGCAUUCAACGCUGAAAAGUGGCUGCAAAGAUCCAGUAAUCACAGGUUCUUACGGGAACAUCUAUGAGAGCAGCUCGCUGCGGCCCGGACAGUGCUCCCUUUCCCAGGGGAACCUGGCCGCGUGUUCCCCUCGGUGGCAGGGCAGCUCCUCGGAGCUGGACAGCGGCCGGCAGGUGAUGCGCAGGAGCCAGACGACAGCUGCCAUUCCCGAGUGCCAGCUCCAGCCCCUGGGGUCUCGGCUGUGCACUCACCCACGCAGUGAAGUUGGCUGCAGGAGUUCAGAGCUGUCCCACUCCAGGUCGGAGCAGCACUUGACUUUGAGCAGUGUGGAGGACCUCAGUGAGCACGACUCGAGCGCGGGCUGUUUGCAAAGCGCAGCCAAGCCCUCCUACAGGAAAGAGCGGCCGCCACCCCCUUACCCAGGCCCAGCAAAAACAAGCUCUGCCUUGCCGCAGCGCUCGGGUGUUUCCUCAACUCUGCACUCUUUGUGGAGACUUCAGCGCCCAGAGAAAGGUUCAGGGCUGAGAGCAGCUGGAGGGCCACCAGGCAGAGCCCCUGACCCGGCCACCCCCAGGCAGGAGCAGCCGGGCCCGCACACACAAGCGGGUCACAGCUAUUCCACAGCACCUCACAGCCAGAACAGUAAAAGUGUUUCAGAGGCGGACUGGAAUGAGUGGCAAAGGGAGAGGUGGCAGAUUUGGGAGCUGUUAUCAGCUGAUAACCCUGAUGCCCUCCCAGAAACCCUUGUAUGAUCUGACUCUGUGGAACUGCCGCUCAUACCCGUGCCUCCGACUCAUAGGAAAACAACGGUGACAUUGGAAAACAGGGAGGGCUUGUUUGUUUUAUACCAACUGUAUUGCAUAUACUUUUUUUAACUUUGUUCACUUUAAUUUCUUAACAGCACUGUCAAGCAGUUAAUUUACAAAUACAGUAUGUUCCUGUUUUUCAGCAAGCAUUUGAGAAAAAACAAGGUGAAAACUUCAGUGUAAUAACUCUGUAUGCAUAUGCUGUGUAUAAGAUAAAACCGUUGCUUUGAUGUUGCUAAAAAUGUAUUUAUAUAUCUGCAGUUUUGAUGAUUGUAUAUUCUGUAAUGGGUAUUGUAUGAUAAUCAUGUUAUGUUUUCAUAUACAGAUGUCAAUCAAUCAUGACUGCUUUUUUUAAAAAAAUCACUGAACUUACAUUACCAUGAUAUGCAUUGGAAUUCUAUAGAAAGUGCACAAGCUGGUUUCUGUGCUUAUAUAUAUAUAUUAAAAAAAAAAAAAAAGCUGUUAAAGGGGAAAGUUGUACUUCUUUUCACUGCCUUUUGGAAAACACUAAAAUAAAGUGGAACAUGAAAAGCCAUAUAUUUUAUAAGGGUAGUAGUGAGCUUAGAGGGGGAAAUACAAAAUAUUUUUUUCUUAUACAUAUGUUUUCAAAAAACUUUAAAAUUUGGUACAAGAUUGUAAAAGUAUUUUUUUAGAUUCUGGUAGGAAGCAGCUCAGAGAAUCUAAGAACACUGUGCCUAAACCAACUAAGUAUGUAGUGCAAAGUCUGCCCUCCCAUUCUAAAGGAAAACCAAUGUUAUAUAUGCAGGAUAUAAUAUAUAUAUUUAUAAAUGUAUGAUUUUAUGUAUAGUUUUAAAACAAUAAACUGGAAUCCAAAUUUUAGAAAACCAAACCUAAUAAAUUGAGAUGCAUAACACUGAGAAAGAAUAUGGCUUUUCCUUUGAAAUAUCAAAGCUCCAGCAUUAAGAAAGUUAGAGAAAGGAAAAAAAUGCAGACAGGCACAUGAAAGGGAGACAAGUAGAGUUUCAGAAAUGAACAUGACAUUUGGAGAAGCUCACAACUGUGUUUCUAUAAAUAUUGUGCCAAAGUCUGGGUCAGUCACACCUCCUGGGUAGCUGUAUGUUGUGUUAAAUGUUGCUGUUUUAUACACGUUGCUUUUCAGCUGCAGAGCCGUUGUUGGGCAGUGGGUGGCAAUGCACUGCAGCGUUCCAGAGAAAUUCCUUCUUAGCACUCCAUAAGGGAAAGUGUAUCAUAUCAAAAUAAUUUUAUAAAACAUAUUAGUCUUAAUUUUAAUGAAGUUGAAGGCUUAUUCAGUGAUGUUGUCUUUAAGUUCUAUCUUGUGCCAUAAUGAUGGAAUAAAAAGCUAAGUAAAACAAUGA